AUAGUGAAGAAAUUAAAGAUUAUAAAGAAGCUAAUAAAGCAAGUGAUGAAGAUAGUGAAGAAAAAAGAGAUAAUGAUGAUGAUAAGAAAGAUAAUAAAGAAGAUAAUAGAGAAAAAAUCUAUCAUAUAUAA